CGCCGAUUACAAACGCCAAAACCCCACCAUGUUUGCCUGGGAGAUACGGGACCGACUGCUGGCCGAGCGAGUGUGCGACAACGACAGCGUGCCCAGUGUCAGCUCCAUCAACAGGAUCAUUCGCACUAAAGUCCAGCAGCCACCGGGCCAGUCAGGAAACGUCUCUGCACACAAUUUAGUGUCCACGGUGGCGGUGACCCAGGUCUCUGCCGUAACCAGCGACGCCGCAGGCUCCUCGUACUCCAUCAGUGGAAUUCUGGGAAUCAGCGCGGCGGCCGACGCUAGCAAGAGGAAGAGAGAUGAAAAUCUUCAGGACUCCGCGCUGGUAAACGGCCACACCCAUUCGGGGCGGGACUUCCUGCGUAAGCAGAUGCGAGGGGAGCUCUUCACGCCGCAGCAGCUCGAGGUACUGGACUGUGUUCUCGAACGGCAGCUCUGUCCUGACUUUUAUUCUGCCCCCGACGCCAUCAAGCCGGCCCAGACGACGGAGUAUUCGGCCAUGGCGUCUCUGGCUGGUGGACUGGAGGAGAUGAAGAGCAGCCUGGUCAAUCAGACGGCAUCCGAGUUGGGUCCAGGUAUCGCAGGACCUCAGAGUUACUCUUUGGUAUCAGGUCGUGACUUAGGCAGCACUACACUUCCAGGCUACCCUCCUCAUGUUCCCCCGGCCGGCCAGGGCAGCUACUCGGCUCCGUCGCUCACAGGAAUGGUGCCCGGCGGCGAGUUCUCGGGGAGCCCGUACUCUCAUCCUCAGUACUCCACAUACAACGAGUCGUGGAGGUUCGCCAAUCCGAGUCUGCUGGUGUUUCAACAGGAGUACGGUUCUCUUUUGGGAUCAGAGAGAGCAGCUUCAUCAGGCCUUUUCCCCAGCCAGACUACACAACCCACAGGAUCUCCGUAUUACUACGGCGCUGCUACGCGAGGUGCAGGACCUGCAGCCACGGCCACGGCCUACGACCGGCACUGAGAGAGCGGGACGAGAGAACAGAAGGAAGAGUCCGGCGUGGAGACACAGAAAGACCGAGAGAGCGACCGUCAUCAUUCCCGUCAGUCACAGUCCUACAGCUUAUGUGCUUUUUGUGUCCAGAACUUUUCAUCAAUUUAGUUUCACAUUUUAUAUCCUGCAUUAUGUAUGACAAGUCCUUUAAACAGAAGUGUGUGUGUGUGUGUGUGUGUGUGUGUGAGAGAGAGGGGACUCGGUAACCGACAAUCUUUAUCUGCCAGCUGGGAAUGAAUUCAUGACCCUCGUUCAGUACAAUCACCAACCUGCAUCAUUUUUUCCUACCCAGAUGAUUUGAUUUAAAG